AUGGUUUUGCUCGUCCUCGGGGAAGUGUCGGACACGUUCACGGAGACGUUUUUAACCGUGGCGAGUUUGUUUUCGAUAUGGACGACGAUAUCGAUGGUCAUCGUCGUCGUGCCUUUCUUUCACUUUUAUAAGCUCUUUUCGAUGGUUGUUCCCGGGUCGUACGGGUUGGAGAAGUUGAGCAAUGCGAGUGGUCGAAUGAUGCAGUUGAAUCAGGCGGUGAUACGCCGAGCGAAGAGUAAGCGGAGGAGGAAAGUUAUACUCGUGAGCGUCUGCGCGCACUUGGUUUCCUUGGUUUUCUUUUUAGAGUUUGGGGCGUUGGAUGGGGAUCCCAUUUAUAGUAAAGGGAGUAUAUUUAGUAAAGUUGAUGGUGGUAGUAGUGGUGGUAGUGGUAGCAGUGGUAGUAAUAGUAAUAAUGGAGGAGGCGCGAAGAGUAACAUUUUCACGGUGUCGCGAUUAAUCGCUCGAGCCGGCGUCGUCGGGGUGAUCGUUUUAGGUGUUUUAUCCGGAUUCGGGGCUAUUCAUUAUCCGUACACGACCAUGUCUUUGUUCGCGAGGCCGGUUAGCGAUGCGGAAAUCGAACGAGACGAGGAGCGAUUGGUGAAAGCGUUGGAAACAGCCGUGGAGAGGAAGAAACGGUUGGUACUGUUGGAAAGAGAAUUGUUUCCGAGAUCCGCAAACGAACGAAGGCAACAAAGAACGCGAGCGAGCAUGUACUUCAACAUUCCCAUAGAGGAAGAUGAGACUACCAAUAAGAAGAACAACAACAACAAUAUCAGCAACAAUCCGUACGAGAACGACGCGGUGAAUAGAAACAACGCCAAGAACAACAUCCACAAAAGCAGGACGGCGGCGAAUAACUUUUUAAAAGACGUCGUCACCUCCAGCGCGAACGAAAAGAGCGCGUCGCAGUUGUUAGCCUCUAGUAAAGAUCAAGGAGAGCAAUCUUUGCUGAGCAAACUCGCUUCUUCGGCGAUGCAGUUUGUCUUUUCUGGUAGAAACGGCGGCGCGAUGACGAGCGAACAAAAAUUGCAAAACGCAAAAUUUGAAGUCGUCGCUUUGGAUCGCGUCGUGAGAUCUUUAUUUCUGGAAUUGAAAGAGCGCCGCGCGUUGAAAAAACGCGCGGUUGAAUCCAGAACCACCUUUGGUCGCGCGAAAAACACCAGCGGCGUCUUGAUGUCCGUGUGUUGCGCGGUCAAACUUCUCUCGGUGUUUGGCCAAAUCGUUUUGGGCAAAUCGAAAAAUGUCGACGUCGUCACGAAAACGCUCCGACUCCUCCUCCUCUCCCACUCGGUCAACGUUACCGCGGAACAGCUCUCUCAAUACCUCUCCCUCGCGUUCAUCGCGUUUCUCGUCGGUUCUUCUACGAGGAAUUUCUUAUACUUCCUCUCGCGCGCGUUUGACGCGUUGGGUACCAUCGCCUCCUCCGUCUCCGGCAGCUCCAACGUUUCGGAAACCACCACCUCCCUCGUCCUCUUCUGCACGGAAAUUGUCGGUUUAUACUUCCUCUCGUCCGUCUUGCUCGUCCGCGAACAGCUCCCGAGCCAAUACCGCGACGGUAAAACCUUCUCCUUAUUCGGCGGCGACAUGCACGACUUGAGCGACACCUUUUUCGGCAUGGAAGAAGGAGAAGCGGACGCGAGCGCGGAAAGUAAACCAGAAAAGACCUUCUACCAAUCCUGGUACGACUUGAUCUUUUUCGUCAGUUCUUUCGCCUCGCUUCUCGUUCUGUUCGCGUUCCACAAGUUCAACGCCGUCAACGCCGCCUCGGCGAAAGAAGAGCGGGAGAUGUUUUUUUAUUCCUCGCCUGCCAACGGAGGAGGAGGAUUAGGAGGCGACCCUCUCAGCGGGAUCGUCAUCGCCGACGGUAGCGGAGCAGAAAGAGGCGCCUCCGUAGUAAAAGCGAUUUAA